UGAAAAUACCAAGUAAUCACGGGUGAGCUUAGAAUCGUACAAAAAGUAGAUGGAAGUUAUUAGAGAGAGAGAGAGAGAGAGACAGAUGGAAACAUUAAUAAAUUGCUCUCGGGUCGUUCCCAAAAUCACCUCUGUAUCGAGACCCAAAUUCACAAACACCCAAUCCCUUGUUUCUCUAGUCUCCAGAAGGGCCUCUCGAGCAGUAAUAGUAGCGGCAGUAGCAGUAUCUGCAUUUUCCUCCAUGUCUUACGACAAGGAGCUCGCGGCUGCCAAGAAAGCUGCCUCUCUCGCUGCUCGACUCUGCCAGAAGGUACAAAAGGCACUUCUGCAAUCAGAUGUCCAAGCAAAAUCAGAUAAAAGUCCUGUCACAGUGGCCGAUUAUGGUUCACAAGCUCUUGUUAGUUUUGUGCUGGAAAGGGAACUUCCAUCUGACUCAUUCUCCUUAGUAGCUGAGGAGGAUUCGGGAGAUCUUUGCAAGGCAAGUGGCCAGGAAACUCUACAGCGCAUUACAAAACUUGUGAACGAUACUAUUGUCAAUGAUGGAUCAUUUAGUGUUCCUACAUUAACCAUGGAAGACGUGCUCAGGGCCAUCGACAGUGGCAAAUCUGAUGGUGGUUCUCAUGGUCGGCACUGGGUUUUGGAUCCAAUUGAUGGUACUAAAGGAUUUGUAAGGGGAGACCAAUAUGCAAUUGCGCUGGCGUUGCUAGAUGAAGGGAAAGUAGUAUUGGGCGUUCUGGCUUGUCCAAAUCUUCCUUUAGCAUCCAUUGGUAGUAAUAGACUGCACUCCUCACAUGAUGAAGUUGGUUGCCUUUUCUUUUCCAAAGUUGGUGCAGGAACAUAUAUGCAGUCACUGGAUGGUUCUUCACCAAUAAAGGUGAAUGUCAGUACUACUGACAAUUCAGAGGAAGCUUCGUUCUUUGAAUCCUUUGAAGCAGCACACUCCUCGCAUGACUUGUCUAGCUCCAUUGCAAAAAAACUUGGAGUCAAAGCACCACCAGUUAGAAUUGAUAGCCAGGCUAAGUAUGGGGCACUGUCCAGAGGAGAUGGAGCCAUAUAUCUGCGAUUUCCUCGUAAAGGAUACCGUGAGAAAAUCUGGGAUCAUGCUGCUGGGUGCAUUGUUGUGACUGAAGCUGGGGGUGUGGUGGCAGAUGCUGCAGGGAACCCUCUGGAUUUUUCCAAAGGGAAAUACCUUGAUCUUGACACAGGCAUACUUGCUACCAAUCAGAAAUUGAUGCCAUUACUCUUGAAGGCAGUUAGAGAAUCCCUGGAGGAUACACCUUCAUCUUUGUGAUUACUUUUGACCACAUAUGAUUCGGUUAUCUCCUAUGCUGAUUUUUUUAACUAAUAAAUCUUCUAUGCCUUUAUCCUAUCAAAUGUAAAAAUUCUACGAUUUGAUGUAAUCGAGUAUUUGAUCAGAUCCUCGAUGAGUUCGAGAAUGCUUAGAUCCAGCUACAAGAAUCUAAGACUCCUAUAUCAUAUGUUUUUCAUACUUUUCCAAUAAAGGAGUGAUGCUCGGCUCGUAA